AUGACCUGGAGAACCAUUGAGGAGGACUCCGGUGGAGAGGAACUGGUCGACAAGGCAGCUAGCGUUUGUCGUGCAGCCGCGUGCAAUGAAGUAGAAAGUGUGCGAAACACAAGCACAAGCACAGAUCCGGGUUAUGAAGUUGAACUUGGCCAAGGUGGAGUUGAGCUGACACCAGCCAAGACGAAGUCUCGUAGCAACGAUGUUGCUUUGGCGAUUUCCAAACUUCUUGUGUUGACGGGAUGUCAGCAAGACGGGGACACGCCGCUAAGAAAUGCAGUUUCAGGAGGGCAUGUUGGUAUUGUUGAACUCCUCCUUAAGGCUGGAUCAAAAGUGAACAGCAGCGACGAGGUAGGAGACACAGCUCUUCACAAUUCAGCUUCGACGGGACGUCUUAACAUUGCCGAUCUCCUCCUUACGUUCAAAGCAAAUGUGGACAGCAGAAAUGAGCUCCAAGACACACCCCUGACCAAGGCGUGCGAGGGAGGACAUAUUGGUAUUGUUGAAAUUCUCCUGAACGCUGGAGCCAAAGUUAACCAUGUUAACUUGGACAAGGACACACCUCUUCAUAAAGCAACAUCAGGAGGACAUGAUGGUGUUGUUGAACUUCUUCUUCACGAUAAUGCCCAGCUGAACAGUACAAAUAAGAAUGGAGAAACCCCUCUUCACAAUGCAGUUGACGGCGGUCAUGUUGGUCUCGUUGAACGUCUUCUCAAGGCAAAGGCAAAGACAGACAUAACGGAUAUCUUUGAAGCAACUCCUCUUCAUGGUGCAUCUGAAGGAGGGCAUAUCCAGAUUGUUGAGCUCCUUCUAAAUCAUGGGGCCCGUGUGGACGCCAUGGACAAAGUUGGACGCGUCCCACUUCAUCUAGCAGCCGAUGAAGGAAACGUUGACGUUGCUGAAUCCAUCCUUGAGAAAAAGCCAGAGGUGGACAGUAGGGAUAAGGUUAUGGCUGCGCCCCUGCACAUGGCAGCUUCAGGAGGACAUAUCGAUGUUGUUGAACUCCUUCUUAAUGCCGGGGCAAAGGUAGACAGCAGGGAUGAGAACGGCAACACGCCGCUCCAUGAUGCUGCUUCAGAAGGACAUGCUGAUGUUGCAGACCUCCUUCUUAAGGUCGGGGCAAAGGUGGACAGCAGAAAUGAGAAGAAAGCCACAGUACAUCCGAAGGUUAAUAAAAGGCAGGGCGGUGCUGCUCAAUUCGUCAUUGAAACUGAUGCGCAGGGUGGGAGCAAGUCCAAGAAAAAAGCCACUCCACUUCAUAAGGCAGCCGAUGGGGGGCACGUUGAUGUUUCCAAACUCCUCCUGAACUUUGGAGCGCUGGUAAAUAGUAAGGAUGAGUUUAAAAACACCCCACUUCACAAGGCAGCUUCAGCAGGGCAUGUUGGUGUUGCCGACCUUCUAAUCAAGAAAAAUGCACAGAAGGACAGCGUGAAUAAGGUUAAAGCCACGCCCCUUCACCUUGCUGCUACAGGAGGACACGUUGGUGUUGUUGAGCUUCUGCUGAGCGCUGGAGCACAAGUUGAUAGUACGAAUCAGAAUGGCAUGUCGCCAAAGGACAUUGCGAUAAUGGACACCUUUCCAGGCCAGUAUCCAAACAGAAAGAUCGCGUCUUGUCAGGAAGGAAGGCAGAAAAUUGGCCCAAACGGAGGUAAACUACAAACCGCAUCAUGUGCAGUCAUUGUUCCACCGGGAGCUCUUUCCCGAAUUACAGAAUUCACCUGUCAGGUUGUCAAGACCACCGACGUCAACAUCCCUCUAGAAGCCGACGACUUGUUAGUCAGUGACAUCAUAGAGCUGGGUCCACAUGGCACCAGAUUCAGCAAACCUGUCACUGUAGAGAUGCAUUACAGCAGUACGCCAUCAGAAGGCACCAGAGAAUUCGCCAUAUGGGCUACGGAUGACAAGAUAGAUUGGACAGUGCCGAAUGUUAAAGAAAAAAGUGAAGACAAACUGACAGUGGCUGUGGACCACUUUUCUAUAUUUGCUGUCAUCAGUCGACUCAAACACGACCAAGUUACUGUGUCUACAGAAGGGUGCAUACUGACGUCAUCAACACAGCCUGCUGUAGAAAUCACCUUCCCAGAACAGUCUGUACAAGCACCGAUAGAAAUCAAAAUGCAGGUGAGAGAUGUUCCAAAAGAACAAGUAGAUGACAUGAAGUUGAAAGAUCCUUCCAUGCGCUCACUUAUCUCUACCGGUCCGAUCGUCAAGGUUGGCACCUUGACGAGUUCAACGGUUCAGUUCUACAAACCAGUCACAGUCCGAGUUCCACAUCCCCGACACUACAUGAGCAUCGAACAAAGGGAGCCCCUUGGCACCCUGAGGGUGAUGUCGUGUGAGGAGGAAGAAGGAGAAUGGGUGGACAUAACAGAUGACGCUAACAUCCGAGACAUGGGAGAGUCUGUGGCUUUCGAUGUCAACCAUUUCUCCAGGUACCUAGGAUCCUGUAGACUUGUCAAAUAG